AUGGGUAUUCUCGGUGAAACGGAGCCACAUCCGAUCGCGUAUGUCAAUGGAAAGAAGCUUAAUUUGCCUUUGGGAAAGGCAGAAAUCACUUUACUGCAGUACUUGCGAGGGCUUGGCCUGACCGGAACAAAGCUGGGAUGUGGCGAGGGAGGGUGUGGAGCAUGCACAGUCAUGGUGUCCAGCUGGGAGGAGGGGAAGAUCUGCCACCGCUCCAUCAAUGCAUGCCUCUGCCCUCUGUACGCCAUAGAGGGCAUGCACGUUGUCACAGUCGAAGGCAUUGGGAAUGUGCGGGACGGGCUGCACCCGGUGCAGGAUCGGCUGGCGCGCGCGCAUGGCUCGCAGUGCGGCUUCUGCACGCCGGGAUUUGUCAUGUCCAUGUACUCGCUGCUUCGGUCCAAGCCUGAGGCUCCCACUGAGACCGAAAUUGAGGAGACCCUUGCUGGCAACCUCUGUCGCUGCACUGGGUACCGGCCGAUCCUGGAUGCCUUCCGGGUCUUUGCCAAGGGGGACUCUGCCGCCUACACAGAGGAGGCCAUCGCCGCCAGCAAGGCAGGCGCCAGCAAUGGUCAUGCGCACACAAAUGGGAUCUGCCCCAGCAGCGGCCUGCCCUGCGACUGUGGCGCAGCUUCCGCGGUGGAGCCCGGCGCUGAGGUGGCGACGGACAGUGACGACAAGUUAGUCAUUGGGGGAGCUGCCGUCUCUGCCAAGCCCACCACAGAGCCCAUCUUCCCCUCCGAGCUCAAGACCCGCGUUUGCAAGCCGCUUGAGAUCCCAGGGCCCCAGGCAUCCUGGUUCAGGCCGGUGGACCUGGAUGGCUUGCUGGCGGUGAAGGCUGCGCACCCGGCGGCCAAGCUGGUAGUGGGCAACAGCGAGGUGGGCAUCGAGAUGAAGUUCAAGAAUGCCGGCUACCCCAUCCUUGUCGGCACCACCCACGUCCCAGAACUCAACCAGAUCUCGGUGUCAGAGACAGGCAUCGAGGUGGGCGCAUCGGUGACGCUUACAAAGUUGGGCGAGGCGCUAAAGUCACUGGUGGAAGCGCUGCCGCCGCACCAGACCUCCACCUUCUCAGCGAUUCUGGAGCAGCUCAAGUAUUUCGCGGGCGUGCAGAUCCGUAACGCGGCCUCCGUUGGCGGCAACAUUGUCACUGGGAGCCCCAUCUCUGACCUUAACCCCAUCUACAUGGCCGCCGGCGCCAGGUUCACGGUGGUCGGCAAAGGAACGCCUGAGCGCCAGGUGUCAGCGGAGGACUUCUUCCUGGGCUACCGCAGGGUGGAUAUGCAGCCACAUGAGGUGCUGGCGCGCGUGGCGAUCCCCUUCACGCAGCCGCGUGAAUUCGUGCGCGAGUUCAAACAGGCACACCGCCGCGACGAUGACAUCGCCAUCGUCAAUGCCGGCAUGCGCAUGCGCCUGGCGCCCGCGGCCUCCGGUGACUGGACGGUGGAGGAUGCACGCGUGGCGUACGGAGGCGUUGCCCCCAAGACAAUAAUGGCGCGGCGGGUGGAGGCCGCUCUCAAGGGCCAGCCGCUGUCGCAGGCCACCCUCAACAAAGCACUCGCUGCCGUCGCCGAGGACGUCAACAUCACUCCCAAUGCGCCAGGCGGCAUGGUGGAAUUCCGGCGUUCGCUGGCGGCAUCAUUCCUCUUCCGCUUCUUUGUGGACGUUGCGCUGCGGCUGCGCGCAGAGGCGCCCGGGGCCGGCGGCUGGCUGCCGCCCGCGCACGAGUCAGCCGCCGCGCGCUUCGAGAGGCCUCCCGCGCGCGGCAUCCAGUACUUUAGUAAGGCCGGUGACGCCGAUGUUGUCGGCCAGCCCGAGCGACACUUGGCGGCCGAUCUGCAGGUGACGGGGGAGGCGCAGUAUACAGACGAUGUCCCGCUGCCGCCCAAUGUGCUGCACGCUGCGCUGGUGACCUCCACCCGCCCCCACGCCAAGAUCCUCUCUGUGGAUGCCUCGGCGGCCGAACAGAUGGAGGGAGUGGCGGGCUACUUCGACCACAGCAGAGUGCCGGGCAGCAACGAUCUGGGCGCGGUGAUCCACGACGAGGAGGUCUUUGCGACUAGCAUUGUGACAUGCAUCGGUCACCCAAUUGGCGUGGUCGUGGCCGACACCGAGGCGCGCGCGCGAGCGGCCGCCCGCGCCGUUACGGUGUCCUACGAGGACCUCCCGGCGCUGCUCAGCAUCGAUCAGGCCAUGGCUGCCCGCAGCUUCUACGACGGGUUUGGGCACCGGGUGGAUUCCGGUGACGUGGACGCGGCGUGGGAGCAGUGCGAUGUGGUGUUGGAAGGGGAGGUGCGCGUGGGCGGCCAGGAGCAUUUCUACCUGGAGCCGCAGGGCACCAUCGUGCUGCCAGGGGAGAAUGAUGAAAUGACUGUCAUCAGCUCCACGCAGGGCCCGGCGCACAACCAGGCGCACGUGGCGCACACGCUAGGCUUGCCGGCGCACAAGGUGGUAGCGCGCACAAAGCGCCUCGGCGGUGGAUUCGGCGGCAAGGAGACGCGCGCCGUCAACAUCUCGUGCGCAGCUGCCGUCCCGGCAUGGCACUUGCGCCGCCCCGUGCGACUCAUCCUAGACCGCGACGAGGACAUGCACACCUCCGGCCACCGCCACUCCUACCUUGGCAAGUACAAGGUGGGGUGCACGGCGGAGGGGAAGCUGCUGGCGCUGGAGGUGACGAUGUACAGCAACGGAGGGAACUCCCUCGACCUGUCGGCCUCCAUCAUGGACCGCGCAUUGCUGCACAUCGACUGCGUGUACAAUAUCCCCAACUUGCGCGCCGUCGGCCACAUCUGCCGCACCAACCACGCCUCCAACACCGCCUUCCGCGGCUUCGGAGGGCCUCAGGCGAUGAUGAUCGCCGAGACAUACAUGGACCAUGUGGCGCGCGCCGUGGGCAAGCCACCGGCCGCAGUAAGGGAGCUCAACAUGUACAAGGAGGGGGACCGCACCCACUUUGGGCAGCUGCUGGAGGGCUGCCAGGUGGAGACGUGCUGGACGAGGGCCAUCGAAUCGGCCGCGGGACUUGAGCAGCGCUAUGCAGCGGCCGCCGCCUUUAAUAAAAAGAGCCGCUUUCGAAAGCGUGGCAUCGCCGUGACUCCCACCAAGUUUGGCAUCUCCUUCACCACCAAAUUCCUCAACCAGGCGGGGUCGUUGGUGCACAUCUACACAGACGGCACAGUGCUAGUGACCCACGGCGGCGUAGAAAUGGGCCAGGGACUCCACACGAAAGUGGCGCAGGUGGCGGCUGCCAGCCUAGGCCUCCCGCUCAGUGCAAUCUACAUCGCUGAGACGGCCACCGACAAAGUUCCCAACGCCUCUUCUACUGCUGCGUCCGCCUCCUCUGACCUCUAUGGCGGCGCCGUGGGGGACGCAUGCCGGCAGCUGAAUGAGCGCCUGGCGCCAUACAAGGCCAAUCUGCCGGGCGCCACUUUCAAAGAAGUGGUGAACGCAGCCUACUUGGACCGCUGCGACCUGUCCGCCCACGGCUUCUACACCACUCCCGACAUCACAGGUUUUGGUGGGGACAAGCCGUUCAACUAUUUCUGUUACGGCGCGGCGGUGAGCGAGGCUGAGCUGGACACGCUGACUGGUGACUGGCACCUGCUGCGCUCCGACCUGUGCAUGGACGUCGGCCAAUCCCUCAACCCAGCCAUCGACAUCGGCCAGGUAGAGGGCGGGUUUGUGCAGGGCAUGGGCUGGACUUGUCUGGAGGAGCUGGUGUGGGGUGACGAGGACCACACCUGGCUGCCUCCCGGUGUGCUGCACACGCGCGGCCCAGGCACCUACAAGAUACCGACUGCGAAUGACAUCCCGCUGGACCUGCGGGUGACGCUGCUGCGCGAUGCGCCAUGCCGCCGCACGCCGCAGGUGCACUCCUCCAAAGCCGUCGGCGAGCCGCCCCUCUUCCUGGGCGCCUCCGUAUUCUACGCCCUCAAGGAGGCGGUGUAUGCUGCGAGGGAGGACGCAGGCCUCGGCAGCGGCUUCUUCCGGAUGGACUCCCCGGCAACGCCCGAGCGGCUGCGCAUGGCGUGCGCAGAUCACAUAACCGCGCCCUUUGCGCCGGCCGACGGCCGCGUCCGCACCAGCUGUUGAUGUCACCGCCGACUCAUCGCUGAUGUCAACAUAUGCCACCGCGUCCGUUCUGCCUCAGCCUCUCACAAGGCUGCUUAGCUGAAUCACCACAUCAAGGGGGAAUCUACAGUGUGAUUGUGGCAAUUGUGCAAGUGGCAGAGGCAGGUAAGCUGCAUUGGGCAAGUCUAGGUCUUUGGUGAAUCAGGCUUCACAUCGCAGCGAUUGUUGCUGGUGAUUGUCUGUGUCUAUGGGUCAACGAAUGGAGAGGCAAAUUGGUCACAGUGAUCGACUCAUGAGCAGCUCGAUACGACCCCCUUGGCUGCAGAGAGUUGAAAGCCUUUGGCCUGCUGACUGAACUCUUGAGUCCCCCCAUCCUGACAUGCGAAGACAUGUAAGUGUUGUGUAGCACCUUGAGAUUUAGCAAUGGUGCAAGACUUGCCCUGCAAGGGGCCCAGUGAGUUGGUCUGGUCACCUUCCCCAGAAAUGAAUGAGUGUGAUUGAAUACCUGUACUGCACAUGGUCUCAUGCAUGAGAAUGGUCCUCCGAGAACCAAGAGUAUCGGGUGCUUAUCUCUUUCUGGUACGGUUGUUUCACGGCGGAUGCGCAGAGUUUCUUUCAGGAGAAUCUUGCAGCUCGGUGUGGUGUUGCGAUGAAGGUUUGAUCUCUCAACAGAGAGGAGGUGUGAGCAAAGUCAGUAAUUCCAACACCCCCCAAUAUUUGGCAGCAAUUUUUCUCAUUUGUAUCGCAGUGUCUAAACUUUUCUGUUGGGCUCUUGCUUGACAACGAGGUCCAAUGACAAUAUCGUUGAUUGCGUGCCAAGUAUUUUUUGAAGAGACGGUGUAAUCUACCAUCU